AGCGAAAGUGGAGGUUGUUUUUCCUCUUCCAGACGCCAUCUUCAUUUUUACAACUCAUGUAAGAGGCAUAGAGCCAAGUGAGCGACACAAACAGACGAAGCGGAGCAGCCGAGUUGGGAACUUGGUAAACCCCACCAAUGCCUUCCUCCUCUUUCAUCUCCACCUCACCCUCCGAAGGCGAUGACAUGGCUGUCACCGCCGAAGCCUCCGACAAGGGUUCUGAUUCCGAAAUCGAGAACAACGACGACGGCGACGAAUAUGGCGGGAGCGAGGAGGAAGUGGAAGACGAAGGAGAUUCUGCUAACGGAGAAGAAAGAGUUGUCGAUUUGUCCGAUUCGGAAAACGUCGCAGGUGAUGCUCUGAAUGAUUCUAGCCAAGAAAUCAAGUCUGAGGGGCAUGAUGAGGACUUGAGGUCAGGUUCCCGUUCCUCUACUCCGGAAAAAUCUAAACCAAUUCUUCCAACAGAUAUUUGUGACAUGGAAGGUAGUGUUGAAGCCUCACCAAAUAAGAAAGCUCCUUGUGAUGCUCCAAGAUUCUAUAGUGAAGUCUAUACUGGUAAUGAAGCUCAUUUAAGUAAUUAUGAUCCCUUGGGUGCUUACAACACUACAUCCUUGUCUGAUAAUGAGAAAUUGGGAGCUGCCGAGACCCUGAUGAGUAAUGGCUCCAGGAAGAAAGAUUCUAAUGGUGUCCUAAAUACUGAGGAAGACACUAAGCGAAUAGAUAUCAAGGAAGGGAAGGACCUGAAGCUAAGGGUGUCAAGUUUGCCUACUUCCCAGCUAAGGCCUAGAAGUUUGUCCCCUGGUGCUGAAUUUGAGGACCGAAACAAGCGCCCUGCAAUUGUUUGUGACUUUUUUGCUAGAGGUUGGUGCGUGAAGGGGAGUUCUUGUAGGUUUCUGCAUCUGAAAGAUGGUACCGGUAAGGGAGACGUGCCUGUUGCAAGUUUGGAAAACGAAGUUAAGGUGGAUGCAGGUUUGAGACAUGAUAUGGAUGCAUCAAAAAUUUCUGCUUUUCCUGAACCAUUGGCUUCUUCAGCCACAAGUAGUUUUUCAGCAAAGUCUCAUUUCCCUUCAGAAAGAUUCCUACCCAAGGAGCAUGGAGAAAAUCUUGGGUGGCAUCAGUUCCCUGAAGAGCAUAGGCUUUCUUCAGUUCUGAGAGGCAGCCCGUCUUCAGGCUUAUUGCAGGAGGCGAGUGGGUCAAAAUCACUACCCCACUAUGACUUCCAGCAAUUUUCUUCAACUAGAGAUGAUCUUGGGAAGUUCUCCUCUCUUCAAGAUGUGGACAGUGAGAAUCCAAGGGGUAGUUUGGGUCCUGAUUAUAAAUUUCAUUCAACUGGCUCAAUUAUAUCAACUAGCUUGUACGGAGGCAGUAGCGAUCCCUCUGUUUAUGACAGAAGUGUGAGGGAACCACUGAGUCUAAAACAGCAUAGUCGAUCCACGGUCAAUGAUCAUACUUUACCAGUUUUCAGCUCCAGCACUUCCUUUCCAUCGAUAGGCUUAUCACCACCAUCCUCUUAUAUCUCUUCCUCUUUUGGUGGUUUGGAUGGUGAUCGGGAAUAUCAUGUUUCUCAUUCUGCUUCCUUGCCUCAAAAUUCCUCAUCACCAUUUUACUCAAGAUCAGAACCAGACCGGUUUCCUGCAGGACGUAAACUACAGGCUAGUUCAAAUGACUGGGAGCCAUCUGUACCUUUUCGACCAUCUUUUUUCUUUGGUCCGGCAGGUAUAUCAUCUCCUGGAAGCCAAUAUGACCCCCUUCUUGAUAGCAUUGAGCCACAUACUGGAGGACAUAAAUCCUUUCAGGUUUCUUCCUCAAGUCUGGGGGCAGGCAUCCGACAUAUGCCAUAUCAGCUGACAAACUGUGACUCUGGUUUAACUUGGUUGCACGGCCCAGAAUAUAAUACUGAAAACCAUUCACUUUCUUAUAACCAUCAGUCCCAUGGCAGUGUAAUGGAAAAGAAUAUUCAUUCUCAUGGCUUGCAUAAGGCUGCUGAUGAGACUUUUGGAACUUCCGUAGCUGACAACCAAACUAAAGUUUCUACACCUAAAGAAGGGAAGACCGAGAGGCCUGGUCAUGGCCAUGUUGUAGAUGUUGCAAAAACAAAAUUAAGUGGUCAUGAUCCUAAUCCUAGAUAUCAAACAGAUGCUAGGCACAAAAAGGAAUCCAAGUCAGGUGGGGGUAGACAUAGCAAUGAAACUGGUCUUCAUCAAACUCCACGACAAAAUCAAGACAUGGAUGCACAAAACAAGGAAUCAAAAACACUUAAACUUUUCCGUGCCGCCCUUGUGGAUUUUGUGAAAGAAUUGAUUAAACCAUCUUGGCGUGAGGGUCAUUUGAGGAAGGAUGCACACAAAAGUAUUGUUAAAAAAGCAGUUGAAAAGGUCAUUAGCACAUUGCAGCUGCAUCAAGUUCCUACUACACCAGAAUUGAUUAACCAAUAUCUAUCUUCUUCCCGAUCUAAAAUUGCAAAGCUUGUUGAGGGAUAUGUUGAUAAAUAUGUCAAGUCUUCAGCUGCCAGUGGCUGAAUGGUAUUAUUUUUGUACAGUUAGCUACCUAUGUCACUAAGUUGAAGUGAUGAGACAUUUGAUCAAGUCUUAUCUUAGACUUAACUAGCACUGAGAUUCAUGUAGAAUGUUGUGGAUUUUCUUGCUUCAUAGAUGAUUUAUUUUCCCUCCUGUUAUACGUAAUAGGAUCUCUGUUUGUGCUUGAUGCAAGUGAGUAAUAAUCAAUGCAUCUCAUUUGAAUGUGUAUGCUAAA